GAUUCUGCUUGCCUUUUCAAUUUGAACUCUCAGAGAUUGUGGUGAAAACAUGUCUGAUAUAGAAGAUAUAAUAGAAGAAUAUGAGGAAGAAGACAAAGUGUCAGAAAAUGAGGGGGGAGAGGAGGAGCCUGAAGAAGAUGAUUGGCGACGAGGAUGGGACCUUCUAACUCUGCAGCAGCCUGCAGCUUUUCUUCCAAACCCAGAGGAGUCAAAACCUAAACCAAAGCUCUUUAUGCCAAAUCUGAUGCCUUUAAAAAUACCAGAUGGAGAAAAGGUGGAUUUUGAUGACAUCCACAGGAAGAGAAUGGAAAAAGAUCUCACUGAAUUACAGACACUUAUUGAGGCUCAUUUUGAAAGCCGGAAAAAGGAGGAGGAGGAACUUGAAGCCCUUACCGAAAGAAUGGAGAAGAGACGAGCUGAACGAGCCGAACAGCUGAGGAUUCGAACAGAGAGGGAAAAAGAGAGGCAAGCUAGAGUUGCAGAAGAACGUGCACGCAAAGAAGAGGAGGAAAAUAGAAAGAGAGCUCAGGAUGAUGACAGGAAAAAAAAGGCCUUUUCCAACAUGCUUCACUUUGGUGGUUACCUUCAAAAGACAGAAAGAAAAGUAGGGAAGAAACAGACAGAAAGAGAAAAGAAAAAAAUGAUUCUAGCUGAAAGAAAAAAACCCCUAAAUGUUGAGAACCUGAAUGAAGACAAACUAAGGACAGAAGCUCAGCAUCUCUUUAACAGAAUCUAUCAGCUUGAAGCUGAAAAGUUUGAUCAUCAGGAUACAUUUAAGAAGCAGAAAUACGAGAUUAACGUUCUAAGGAAUCGAGUUUCGGAUCAUCAAAAGCUUAAGAGUAAGAGUUCCAAAGGUCCUAGAGCAGGCAAAGGAAUUCUUGGAGGAAGAUGGAAAUAAGCAGAGAUGGGAGAAGAGAUAAGACCUUAUUGACACCUGGGAUCCACUCUUUCACAUAUUUAUAUUCCUUGCAAAUCUUGUUAGAGUUGAAAACAUACAUUUAAACAGAGUAACAGUAUACAUAUAUUUUAGAUCAUUAUUAUACUCCCAUGUAUUAAAUUAAAUAUAGUUAUCAUAAUAAAGUAAUAUAUUUAUUCCUUAAACUAAUUUGCAAAAUGAGGAUUUAUUGACAUUUUGAAAAAAGUUAUUUAUCCUUGUGUGGUCUAGUAUAAUUUCAAGUUUUAUGAUUCUCAGUUUAUGAAAGUCAGGGUGAUAUCCACAUCAUGUUUAGCUAUCUAAUCUGAUCUUCACCUUGUUUGCAAAAGUAUUCUACAACAUACCAGUUUGUUCUGUUCCUAAAACAGUGCAAUAAAGUGUGUCAAUGCUCUUAAAAAUAAUUUUUUUGGGGAUAUUGUUGGGUGCAAAUAGUAACAACCUGACAUUUUGAGGCAGUUUUUUGUGCUUUUUAUCCAGUGUCCAAAUACUAAACAAGCUCCAAUGUCAUAAAGCAAUUGUACAGCACACAUAAAUAGCAACCUACUCUAAAACAAAAUGAAUUUCCUGGCAAACCACUUCCCUUACUUUAGAUACCUGGGGACUAGUGGGGGCAAAGUAUGUACUGGUCUGAAAUCAGGCACGGAUUUGUGGAAAGGCCACCAAGGCCCGGGCCUAGGGUGGCAGGAUUUUAGGGGGCCCCAACCACACCCAUGCUGGUUUAGAAACACUGGGGAUGCGCAGGAGAUACGACAGUUUAUUAAACUUCCUGUAGCAGCAGGCCUAGGGGCACCGGCUAUGUAAAUCCAGCCCUCUCUGAAAUUAAGGCUGGAUUAGUAGAAACCCAAGGAGUCUUGUAUUAGGUUGAUUUCAAAGACAUUUAAAAGACAACUAACCCCUAAAAAUUAAUAUGGCUAAAUAUGCCAGAAUUUAUAUACUAAACUAUAUUCGUUUAGUAUAUCAAAUCUGGCAUAUUUAGCCAUAUUAAUUUUUAGUAUAUAAAAUUUGUUUAGUUUAGUAUAUAAAAUUUGGCAUAUUUAGCCAUAUUCAUUUUUACUGAACUGAAAUUCCAGCUUCUCAAUAUAGCAGCAAUGAUCCAGGACUUCAAACUUGUCACAGGGGUUCACCAUCUUGGAAAGUUUCUGCUCUGUGAGCUCUGAGCAGCUGUUGAGAAGCUUGGGGGUCAUUGCAAAUUAUCAAGCAGAAAAUGAGGAUGGCCUGUAACGUAGGCUGAUGCUACAGGGCUGAUUAUUAGAUUCUGAUGUUAGUUGCAGUUGUUUCUGAGCUUACAUGGUGAUAUAUGAAUUACUAAUCGGCCUUAUUUUGUGACAUUUAUAUUGUGUGUAAUGCAGGACCCUGGAGGGCCCGGGGCCCACUGGAGCUGCUGUCCAAGAGCCCCCCUCCGGCCGUCUCUGCGCACUCCUUGUGCACAUGUAUCGGCAAGCCUCGAACGCGCACAAUGUUUUUAUUAUCAUUAAGAAGCUUUCUUUGCAGAUGUGGCUGUGGAUCUGGGCCGGUGAGGUCCACAAGAGCUGGGGGACCAGCGGGAUUUUUCCCGGUGUCCCGUCGGCCCAGUCCAACCCUGGUGUACUGUAUAUUUUAAGUGUGGUAACACUUUAUGGUAACCAUAAAAGCCCUGACCACCACUAAAAGCUGUUGACAUCUUUAAGUACCAUUUAAAAGGAUAUAUUUGAGGGAUAUUUACUGUAUGACUCUUGUGUAUUAUUGUGAAUUAUAGCUUUAAGUAAGCAAUGCAUUCAUAAUCUGCUAUUACAAAUAAAGACUCCAAAAUAUGUGAAAAA